CAUAAGGGCUCUGACGUUUUAAUUUAUUUAUUUAUUUUUUGAAGUUCCAGUCUGAGACUAGGAUGGAGCUGGACAUCUAAACAGGGAGCCUGCACAGGACCAGCACAGUCUGAUCUUUGUUUGCCCUCAGAACCCCUUCAGUAAAACCUGCAGCUUUCUGACCAUGAAGCUCUGGAUUGUAGGGCUUUUUCUGGUGCUGCUCUGCAUGGAGCCUCAAAACGGUGCCGGCCAAUUGUUGAAGAGAAAAAAAGAUGUAGGAGAAACUCAAACCCGCCCAGGUGGGAAGCGUGUGAGGAUUCGCCUCCCUAACCUGAACGGCAAAAAGGUCAAAAGCCAUUCCCUGCUGACACAGGUUCUAGAUAAGGGCCGCUUUCUGCGCCUGGGUGAGAGCACCAUCCUGACUCCAGGGAGGAAUUUGGAGCUGCGCUGCAAAGGAAGUCAUAUUGGAUGGUCCUACCCCACCUACCUGGACACCUUCAAUGACUCGCGCCUCAGCAUCAAACAAAGUGACAAGUACAGUCAGCUGGUUCUCACGUCGCCCUCCGCUGCAGACACCGGGCCUUACAGCUGCUGGGUCAUAGUGUGUGAUGGAGCAGAAUGUCACAGGGACCAGGAUCGCACCUACGCAUCAUACAUCUACUUCCCAGACAAAGAACACCUCUUCGUUCCAUCAGCCAUCCACUUUGAGAUUGUAUACCUGCGUCCAGACAUGCCCACUGUCGUCCCCUGUCGUGUGACUGAGCCCCAAGCUAAGACGUCCCUGCACAGAGAGGUCCCUGCAGAGGAAAUCACAGCCAACACUACUCGGGUGACCUAUGACCCAACCAGAGGGUUUGUGCUACAACACUCCACCCCGGAAAAUCAGGGGGUCUUCUACUGCAAGGCUGUGUUCAGAGAGACCCCUCAAGUCUCCAACAAGUACCAGCUGUUGUACGUGGAAGUUCCCAGUGGGCCACCAUUUGUGAGCCUGGGAGCUUCUCCAGAGACAGUGAGAGGAGGAGACAACGUCAACAUAACCUGCACUGUGCUGGGAGAACCAGAGGUGGACAUGAGCUUCACCUGGUCUUAUCCUGGUCAGGAUCAACGUCCUGUACACAUCCUGUCGUCCUGGAGGCUGGUUAACAGAGGGAUGGGCUACACCACGAGGGUCUCACAAAGUGUCCUCACUGUGGAGGACAUCGAGACCAUUGACUUUGGGAACUACGUCUGUAAAGCAAAGAACCAGCAUGGAGAGACAGUCGUGACACUGAAGCUAAACUCCACAUAAUCCCAACAAUGCAACCUAGAAUUUUAAGCUCAACUUCCAACAAACUCAUCAGGAAAACAGACAAAAUUUACACAAAUGCAGAUAAAAAGGUCUACUUUUAAGAUAAAUCUUGUUAAAAAUAAAAAAAUAAAAAUCUCAUGUUAAAAUAAAAAAAAAUCAAAAUUAAAUUGCUUGUUCUGAACAAGAAAUCUGGUCUUUGGGAAGUAUAAUAAUAACCGAAGAAUUAGGAAAAGCAAAAAUAUACAUUAAGCAAAAAUAUAAACAACACUUUUGUUUUUGCUCCCAUUUUCCAUGAGCUGAACUCAAAGAUCUAAAACAUUUUCUAUAAACACAAAAUAAACAUUUCUCUCAAAUAUUGUUCACAAAUCUGUCUAAAUCUUAGGGGGCACUUCUUUGCAGAGCAGUAUUAUUGCGCAGGUGUGCCUUAGGCUGGCCACAAUAAAUGACCACUCUGAAAUGUGUUUUAUCACACAGCACAAUGUCACAUGAUGUCACAAGUAUAGAGGGAGGUGCAAUCACCAUGCUGACUGCAGGGAUAGAGCUGUUUCCCGUGAAUUGAAUGUUCAUUCUUCUACCAUAAACCGACUCCAAAAGUGUUUCAGACAUCCACCUGCAGACCACAUGUAACCACACCAUCCAAACAUGUUCACCUCCACCUGAUCAACUCUAUACAAAGGAGAUGUGUCACACCAGAUACGGUCCCCCCACCCCCCAAUAAAGCAUAACAGCGCAUUUCAGAGAGGCCACUUUUUGUGGCCAGCCUAAGGCACACCUGUGCACUAGUCAUGCUGUCUAAGCGUCUAGAUAUCACACCUACGAGGUGGGAUGGAUUAGCUCUGCAUGAGGAGAAGUUCUCCUUAAUACAGGUGUCCACAAAUUUCUGAACAAUAUUUGAAGGAUCUAUUGUACACAUAGAAAAAAAUCUUAUCUUUGAGUUCAGCUCAUGAAAAAUGGGAGCAAAAACAAAAAAAGUGUUGCAUUUAUAUUUUUGUUUAGAGGAGUUUUUUUUCUUUUACAUCUACAGGAAAAAGCCACAACUAUGUCAGAAAGGUCUGGGUUUAAAACUAGCUAUAUGUUAAUUUUACAUCAUAACUUAAAAAUUACAAAAUCAGAUUUUUUUUUUGGGGGGUGGGGGUGGUGAUGUUGGCACCAUUAAUUUGGUUUGUCGUCAUGACAGCAACAGGCUGCUGUAAAUAUUUAUUUUAAGCACGUGUGUCGUCUUUGCGCUACAUUUAAACUGAAGGAUGGUGCUGGUGGAGCAGCUGUCGGAUGAAUUUCAGCAUCUGUGACUCUGGUUUGGAGCAGAGCUGACGUCCUGAUGAGGUCCGUAUGUGGAAUGUGAUCUGAAGGCAAAAAAUAUAAUAAAACACUGUGGAUUUUUAGCGUCGAACAGUUGGAGGUUA